GAGUAGUUCUGGGAUACUACCAACACUUUUCAUUUUGUUUGGGGGGAGAUGACGGUGACCCCCCUAGACUUCAGUAUGAUCAGCGGGUUGCGCUUCACCGACCGGGCUGUAGCUCAGAUGUCUGAUCUGUCUUGGGGAUCGGCUGAGACAGCUGAUUUGUUGGGUCCGAUCGUUCAGUACAUCAGGUCCCGACCAGUGUCUCGAGAUGGUCCUAGGAGCGGACGAUCAGAGCUGGCUUCAGUUUUAGCUCGUGGCUUCGACAUGGAGGAUACGACGGCUGAGCAGCGAGUGCGAAUUUUCAUCCUGAUCCUGAUUUCUAUGACCCUUUCUCCCGAUAGGAGCUCACGUGUACUCCUUUGCUACCUCCCCGCUCUGGUCAGGAUCCAUGAGAUAGGAUCCUAUAGCUGGGCCAACCUUGGAUACGCCGAUCUCCUUUUAUCGCUACGUCAUGGCUGUCGGCAGCUGAAUGACGAGUCUCCCAUCACCGUCUAUGGUCUGUGGAGAGUCGUAGAGCUAUGGUUCUACGAGUACUUCCCAGGCUUGGCUCCUUGCCGACGUCGUGGAGCGGUCCAUGAUUUCCCUGUCGGGGCCAGCUGGCGUGAUCGAGGAGAGUCGCGGGUGGAGUCUGUCCCUGCACUGCGUGGGCUGCUACGCCAAGGCACCUCUUCUGUCGGCGUAAGAAUCAGUUUUGUUGCUGUUAUUUUCCCUCUGACAUUGUUUCUGUUGUUUCACGCCGACUUUUUAUGGUUUUCAGGUUGCCAUUGAUGUCCAAUAUCGUCCUUGGGCCGGGAUGACUGAUCUACCUGAGGCCUUGCGUCUUUCUGCGCACCGCACCAUUUUGGUUGGUACCGAACUCUUUGUCUGGUAUUUAGGGGAGCGAGUCGUUCGUCAGCAUAGCGGCGAUCGUUUUGUGGUGCCCUCAUCUCCACCAGAAUCGAUGCUGAACUCACGCUUGAUCAGAGAGUUGGUCAACAGGGGAGAGCGCUAUACUUUUCCAUGGCAGGAGCUUGUACACAUGGAGAGUGACUAUGCGCGGGAUUUGCUUCCCUCUCUGGCAACUCCACCUCGUCUUCCUGAGGUAUGAUUUCUUUUGAGGAUCUUCUUUAUUAAUCUCUGUUUUAAAUAGUCGAAUAACUUGAUUAUUCGAUCAUAUUUUCAGACGACUAUUCGCCCUGUGGGGAGGAUCGAGAUUCCUCCUCAGUCUGUUCACUAUCCAGGGCCAAUUGGUAUCACAGAGGACCAUAUUGCUGACGCGCCAGAGGGUUACAGACAGGCGCAGGAGUCUCUGCCCGAGGUCUUUGAGCUGGUGAGUUUUCUUGGUUGCAUUAUUCAUCCUUUUAACACUGUUUGUUACUGACUUUUCUUUGUUUUAUCCUCAGCCUAACCGUCCGGA